AUGCGAAGCGGGCGUGUAACCACUACUCCAGCAACGCACGCGAACGUGUUCACACUUGAGCGAGAUGAUUGGUGCGCCCGACUCAUCAUCAAAUCUAUAUUAUUUAGAUGUAAUUUCAAUCUACUGGACUUGAAAAGUGUCACAUUUAAAAUCUGCUUUCCAUUACGGGAAAACUGGGGCUUCGACCUUUUCAAGCAUCUGUGCGCUCAACUUAGCCGGACAAAUCGUCACAUUCUAACACUAGCUUUAGUACGUACCAAUGUUUAUACUCAUGCUAAGCAUCAUACGUUGGUCGUACGUCAAGGAACUUGUCUGACAGAAUGCAAGAACAUAUUCCCAGCAAGCCUUCUACAUCAUGUACUUGGUACUUCUGACCUGACCACGACGGGUACGAUCCAGACUAAUAUUGAUCGCAGAGGCAAUAGACUGCGAAAACGACAACGAACUGAAGUGCGGAAAUUCGGUCGUACAACUCUGUCUGACUUUGAUGUCACUGUCAUGUUUCCGUGA